AGAACACCAAAAAACAGUUGUUUUGUUUACGUGUUGCAUUUUAAUUUUUGAUUUUAUUUAUUUGAAUUAAAUUUCAAGAUUGAAAGCUUGGCAAUCAUGACAAAUCUACAGCGUUGGUUAUUCCUUGCAACGCUGUUCGCUGUGCCUUAUCUAGCCCUUGUGCUGGGUACAGUGCAAACGCCGCUAACAACCAAAUACUUAUUGCAUAUUCAACUGCUGCCGCUGCUACUCUUAGUUAUAUUUGGUGUUUAUUCUGUUGUCACUGUGCUUUACCGCACUUUCACCUUUAACGAUUGUCCGGAGGCUGCCAAGGAAUUGCAGGAGGAGAUUUUGGAGGCACGCAAGGAUUUAAUAGCAAAGGGCUUUAAGUUUCGUGACUGAAACCGCAGGAUGUGCUCCCAAUUAGAUAGGGGACUUCUUACAUGUACAUACAAUAAAACAUACAUAAGUAUAUGCUAACUUGUAAUUCCAAUAAACAUAAAGAAAAUGUGUUACGCGAAACAAA